UAUAAUUCUCCCUCUUAUGCUCGCAACCUGUGGACUUGGGUUCUGACUGGUGCGGCGAGGAGGGGGGCUGCUGGGCACGCGCUCCGUCCGGUGCCCAACCGGGAGGCGCCUCGUCGCAGUUUUCAGAGGCAAGUCCCCAUUCUGGCUUUUCCAGCGGGGUCUGGACUUCCCCGGGUCCGGGGCAGGAAACCAUGCCCGUGCCCUUCUGUCCCUCGCCUUUCUGCCCCCCUUUUGCUCCCGUCCUUAAUUGACGAGCCGGUGACUAUUGGCUAAAGUUCCCCAGCGAUUUGCAUGAACAGAGAGGGAGUGUCUUGUGGCGCCCUCCCGUCAGGAGCGCGCUGACUGCAGCCUCCCAGGGAAUGCGCCGCCGAGGGAAUGCGCGCAGCUCACCGGCCCUGGCAGUGAGCUGGCGCCCUACGACCUGGCACCCGCGCCUGGAUAUGGGGCGGCUAAGUCGUUCCAGGAGCACCACCAGCCACAGAAACCUGCCGCAUCUGUUUCUGUUUUUCCUCUUGGUGGGACCCUUGAACUGCCUCGCGAGUUACAGUCGGGCCACGGAGCUUCUGUACAGCCUGAACGAGGGACUGCCCGCGGGCGUGCUCAUCGGCAGCCUGGCCGAGGACCUGCGGCUGGGGCCCGGGGCCGCCGGGAGGCAGGAUCAGCGGUCGCAGCCGCCGGAGCGCACGGGCGCUGAGCGGAGCCCGCCUCUCUCCUUCAGCCUGGCCUCCCGGGGACUCAGUGGCCAGUAUGUGACCCUAGACAACCGCUCCGGGGAGUUGCACACGUCUGCCCAGGAAAUCGACCGAGAGGCCCUGUGUCUUGAAGGAGGUGGAGGGGCUGCCCGGGGAGGCAGCGUUUCCAUCUCUCCUCCUUCCUCUGAUUCUUGUCUUUUGCUUCUGGAUGUACUGGUCCUGCCUCAGGAAUACUUUAGGUUUGUGAAGGUGAAAAUCGCCAUCCGGGACGUCAAUGACAACGCCCCGCAGUUCCCGGUUUCCCAGAUCUCUGUUUGGGUUCCCGAAAAUGCCCCGGUGAACACCCGGCUGGCCAUAGAGCAUCCUGCCACGGACCCGGAUGUAGGCACUAACGGGGUGCAGACCUACCGCCUACUAGACUACCAUCGUAUGUUCACCCUGGACGUGGAGGAGAAUGAGACCGGGGAGCGCACACCCUACCUAAUCGUCAUGGGACUGUUGGACCGGGAGACUCAAGACCAGUAUGUGAGCAUCAUCAUAGCUGAAGAUGGUGGGUCUCCACCACUGUUGGGCAGCGCCACCCUCACCAUUGGCAUAAGUGACAUUAAUGACAAUUGCCCUCUCUUCACAGACUCACAGAUCAAUGUCACUGUGUAUGGGAAUGCUACCGUGGGCACACCGAUUGCAGCUGUCCAGGCUGUGGAUAGAGACCUGGGGACCAAUGCUCAGAUCACCUACUCUUACAGCCAGAAGGUUCCACAGGCCUCCAAGGAUUUAUUCCAUCUGGAUGAAACCACUGGAGUCAUCCAACUUUUCAGUAAGAUUGGGGGAAGUGUCCUGCAAACGCACAAGCUCACCAUCCUUGCUAAUGGGCCAGGCUGCAUCCCUGCUGUGAUCACUGCCCUGGUGUCCAUUAUCAAAGUCAUUUUCAGACCACCUGAAAUUGUUCCUCGUUAUAUAGCAAAUGAGAUAGAUGGUAUUGUUUACCUGAAAGAACUGGAGCCUGUUAACACUCCCAUUGCGUUCUUCACCAUCAGAGAUCCAGAAGGUAAAUACAAGGUGAACUGCUACCUGGAUGGUGAAGGGCCAUUUAGGCUAUCACCCUACAAACCAUACACUAAUGAAUAUUUGCUAGAAACCACAAAACCUAUGGACUAUGAGCUACAGCAGUUCUAUGAAAUAACAGUGGUGGCCUGGACCUCUGAGGGAUUUCACGUCAAAAAAAUUAUUAAAGUGCAACUUUUAGAUGACAAUGAUAAUGCUCCUAUUUUCCUUCAACCCUUGAUAGAACUAACCAUUGAAGAAAACAAUGCGCCCAAUGCCUUUUUGACUAAGCUGUAUGCUACAGAUGCCGACAGUGGAGAGAGAGGCCAAGUUUCGUAUUUUCUGGGACCUGAUGCUCCAUCAUAUUUUUCCUUAGACAGUGUCACAGGGAUUCUGACAGUUUCUACUCAGCUGGACCGAGAAGAGAAAGAAAAGUACAGGUACACAGUCAGAGCUGUUGACUCUGGGAAGCCACCCAGACAAUCCGUAGCUACUGUGGCUCUCACGGUGUUGGAUAAAAAUGACAAUAGCCCUCGGUUCAUCAACAAGGACUUCAGCUUUUUUGUGCCAGAAAAUUUUCCAGGGUAUGGUGAAAUUGGAGUAAUUAGUGUGACAGAUGCUGAUGCCGGGCGAAACGGGUGGGUUGCUCUCUCGGUGGUGAACCAGAGUGAUAUUUUUGUCAUAGACACAGGAAAGGGCAUGUUGAGAGCUAAAGUCUCUUUGGACAGAGAGCAGCAAAGCUCCUAUACUUUGUGGGUUGAAGCUGUUGAUGGAGGUGAGCCUGCCCUCUCCUCUACCGCAAAAAUCACAAUUCUCCUCCUUGAUAUCAAUGACAACCCCCCUCUGGUUUUAUUUCCUCAGUCUAACAUGUCUUAUCUGUUGGUACUACCUUCUACUCUCCCAGGCUCCCCAGUUACAGAGGUCUAUGCCGUGGACAAAGACACCGGCAUGAAUGCUGUCAUAGCUUACAGCAUCAUAGGAAGACGAGGUCCUAGGCCUGAGUCCUUUAGGAUUGACCCUAAAACUGGCAACAUUACUCUGGAGGAGGCAUUGCUGCAGACAGAUUAUGGACUCCAUCGUUUACUGGUGAAAGUGAGCGAUCAUGGUUACCCCGAGCCUCUCCAUUCCACGGUCAUGGUGAACUUAUUUGUGAAUGACACUGUCAGUAAUGAGAGCUACAUUGAGAGUCUUUUAAGAAAGGAACCAGAAAUUAAUAUAGAGGAGAAAGAACCACAGAUCGCAAUUGAACCGACUCAUAGGAAAGUCGAAUCCGGGUCCUGUAUGCCCACCCUAGUAGCUCUGUCUGUAAUAAGCCUGGGCUCUAUCACUCUCGUAACAGGGAUGGGCAUAUACAUCUGUUUAAGGAGAGGGAAAAAGGAUCACAGGGAAGAUGAAAAUCUGGAAGUACAAAUUCCACUGAAAGGAAAAAUUGACUUGCACAUGAGAGAGAGGAAACCGAUGGAUAUUUCUAAUAUUUGAUACUUCAUUGUGGAAUAGCACAGAGAUGUUUUAACUGACUUUGGGUAGUCUUCACCACCUAAGUGAGAGGGUGUAGAUGGCAGUUCCAAUGAAGGACGACUAAUUUAUAACUUGUACUAUAUUGUAAAUAGCUGUUUACAGGUUUUUAAAUUCAAAUUCAGAGGUUAUAAAAUGUGUACAGCAUUUUUUAAUGAAAAUUAGUAUUAACAGCUAUAGAAGUUAUAAAAAAAAAAAGCUUGGACGCAAUUUGCAGCUUUCAUACACCAAGCAGAUGAUUGAUAAAAACAGUAAGGUAAGAAAACGGUACAUUGCAUUUUUUUGUCUAAAAAGUCCUUUCACCACAAGAGGGCAUCGGAUGCACCUUUGCAGGGCACUGUUUUGAGGUAUUGUACAGGACAGUUGUACAUCAAAUUAAUGAGAGAGUAUAUUUUAAAUAUAUUGUUUUUAACAUUAACAAAUAAGAAAUUAAAGGAAACUAAAUUUCAAUUAAAUGUAUGAUAAGAAAGAAAAGAAAUGCAUUUGUAAACAGAACGUUUACCUCACAAGCACAUCAUGUACAGUUUGAAAGAGAAGGCAUUACAAAGAACUGCAAUAUUUUUUAGCAAGGUUAAAAACAUUACCACGUGUUAAAGAUUUGACCUGCUGAAAAUGAUUUCACUUUCUGUGUACUCAAAUUGUUUUCUGUUUGCUUUACCACUGCACUUGCUAUUAUUACAGGGAGAAAUAUAUAUAUAUUCUUCCUUACAGAAACUAUAACUAGAAAUUGUGUCCAAGAAAAACAGCCAGAAGCAAAGGAAUGUUUUAAUCUUUAGUUGCUUCAUAGGUGUUCAUGACAUUUUGGUGUUUUCACUGUCAGCAGCACUUCAUACUUUGGCUAUAUGUUAGAUUUCCAUAUGUUUAAACUCAUCCAUCACAUUAAGAUAAUUAAAAAAUUAUAUUAAAACAGAAUAUUCUAGAAGCUGGUGUACACUACUGGUUGUUUUAGUUGGGCAUUUUAUAUGAAAGUUAUACUUAUCUUUUUUGUUGUUUAGGUUUGUUGGCUACCAUUGCUGGCUUCCUUUCUUUGGCUUUGGAUUAAGUCCAAGAGUAUCUGUAAGCCCAGCAACAGAUUUCUUUGAUAAUUUAGCUUUUACUGAAUCCUUUGCAAUGAAGCAAACUAGUUCAUCAGUGAUCAGUCUCUUUCACUUCAUUGUGUGAGCUGAAAAUUUUAUUUUCUAUGAGAGUAUAGCAAAAUUAUAUGUAGAAACAAUGAAUUGUGUUAGCUUCAACUGGGUCAUUCUAUUUUUUGGCAUCCUGUGUCUGUACUAUACCAAAAGUGUUUAUAUGUCUGCAAAUUAAAAGUAUAUAUUUUCAUAA